GAAGCUAUGUACAAUCUUGACAAGCCAAGCAGAUAUGCUGUGCAGUGAGAGAGGCCAAUGACAGGCAGCAGCUUGGAGAACAGCAGUGGAGACUUCAGAUUCCAGCGGCCAGAGCAGGUCUGUUGCCCAGAGCCCAGCAGAGAUGCCAUGGGAGAGGCUAAAGGUGAGCAGCAGUGAGCAGCAGAAGCCCUGUGGAGAGAUUGCUGCCCCGGGCAGAGAAGCAGCAUCAGUGAUGAGAACAGAAGCAGCCAGCCAGAUGUGCAGCUGAGACUGAUGCAGCCCAAGCUCCUAGCGACAGAAUGAGGCACAGCGAUGCAGCUACCCUAAGGUGGCAUUUGGCCGUGCAAGCAGGAUAGUGCUUUCAGAAGAAGACUCCCAGCAAAGCAGCAGGCUUUAUAAGUCAGUGAGCCAGGAGCUGUCUCUUCAUCCAGACGGAAGUCCCUGGAGUACAAAGAUGUCCCCACACCCAGCUUUCUUGAGCCUGGCCUCCUUGCUGCUCUUCUCCCUUGUCCUCCAUGAUGUCCUGGCCCUGAGGCUCUGCUCCUUCAAUGUGAGAUCCUUUGGAGAAAGCAAGAAGGAAAACCACAACGCCAUGGAUGUCAUUGUGAAGAUCAUCAAACGCUGUGACCUUAUACUCCUGAUGGAAAUCAAGGACAGCAGCAACAACAUCUGCCCCAUGCUGAUGGAGAAGCUGAAUGGAAAUUCACGGAGAAGCACAACAUACAACUAUGUGAUUAGUUCUCGACUUGGAAGAAACACAUACAAAGAACAGUAUGCCUUCCUCUACAAAGAAAAGCUGGUAUCUGUGAAGGCAAGAUACCUCUACCAUGACUAUCAGGACGGAGACAUCGACGUGUUUUCCAGGGAGCCCUUUGUGGUUUGGUUCCAGGCACCCUUCACUGCUGUCAAAGACUUCGUGGUUGUCCCCUUGCAUACAACUCCUGAGAGUUCUGUUAAAGAGAUGGAUGAGUUGGUUGAUGUCUACAUGGAUGUGAAACGUCGAUGGAAAGUGGAGAGUUUCAUCUUCAUGGGUGACUUCAACGCUGGCUGCAGCUAUGUCCCAAAGAAGGCCUGGAAGAACAUCCGUUUGAGGAUGGACCCCCACUUCAUUUGGCUGAUUGGGGAUCAAGAGGACACCACAGUCAAGAAGAGCACCAACUGUGCCUAUGACAGGAUUGUGCUCCGAGGACAAGAGAUAGUCAACUCAGUGGUUCCCCAUUCAAAUGGCACCUUUGACUUCCAGAAAACUUAUGAGUUGUCAGAAGAGGAGGCCCUGGAUGUCAGUGACCACUUUCCAGUUGAGUUUAAGCUACAAUCUUCAAGGGCCUUCACCAACAACAGAAAAUCUGUUGCUCUAAAGAAGAGAAAAAGAGGCAAUCGCUCCUAGAUACCACAGUGCCAUUAUUUUAAAAGCCACUCCUUGCUUCCAAAUAAAAUUGCUCUCAUGGGUCUAAACUAUCUGCACACUCAGGAAUUAAGAAUGGCAGAGCUGCUUUCAUUGUUCACUUGAGUUCAUUCCACUUAGAGCCAAGAGGGAGAAGAGUCUUUGACCCAACACCAUCAUUGUGACCUGCCACUAGUCAGGAAGCAGGACAAAUGUCAGCUGUCAGUCCUAGCUGCCAGUGCUCAAAAGGGGCUCCUGUUUCCCAGAUAUGAGCAGAAAUGCCAAGACUCAAAUCAAGGUUCAUGAUGUAGGCAAUGAGACUCCACUCCAUCCUCCCAGGGUCAGGCAAUUGCAACAUCUAUCAGGGAUAAAGAAUGAGGGCCACUCCUACGGUGUUGUCCUGCCUCUAUUGCCCUAAGUCAACCAGUGUAGGUACUUCCAGUGUCAUCCCAUCUAUUUCAAGAACACAUCUGCCCCUACCCACAGGCCAACUAUACACGUAACCCACCCUUAGCCACAGCCCACCCCUACCCACAAGCCUAUCCCUAACCACAGCAAACCCCUACCUACAGCAAACCCCUACUCCCAGCACACCCUUACCCACAGC